CAUUAAAGUAGACGAAUAGGCUCUGCCCCCCAAUUUCUCAAUCGAAAAACCCUAAAAAGCUCGUCGUUGGAUCCAAUCUGAUCUCUGGGAAAGAAAAAAAUGUCGGCUGUAGGAACAUCGAAAGGGAUCUUGGAGAUAGUCAAGUUCGGUUUCUACGUCGCUGUACCUAUCGGUCUUAUGUAUACAUUCGCCAACAAUAGCACCAAUAUCAAGAAAUUCAUGGGAAAUCGAUCAUAUGUUGUGUACCCUGAGGAGGCACCUCGACCUCCUUCACCCGAGGAGCUACGAGAGAUGGCGCGAGAGCUUGCCCGUAAGAAGAACAUCCACGGAGUUGAUGACAAGUAAAUAAUCUCAGUAUGAUAAAGGUAAUAUGCAAUGUUGUUGGUUCCUUGUAAGAUCAGAAAUGGGAUGUGUAAACUCAAUAAUGAGGAAGAACAUGCGUGUUUUGUUUGCUAAAAGAACCUUUUGUUACA